UCGGUUGAAAAUAUAAAUAGUGUGAAUUCCAUAUUUGGUUGCCAGGCAUUUGUUUUACAGCCGGCAAACAUUGGUGGCUACUGGCAACCAGAACGCGUUGCCGGUGGCACUAUCCAUCAAUAAGGGUUCACAAUAAACAACAACAACACCAGAGACUGCUGGACUGCUAAAAUAUAUUUUAUCAAAAUUCAAAGAGGUUGCCAGCGUCCGCUCGUGAAAUCACUAAGAAUUCUACAAAAUGCCGCCUAAGGGUAAAAAGGGCAAAAAGGGCAAAAAGUUGCCAGUACUCAUCGAUGGCGUGGACACCUCAUCGAUGACCCGUGAUCAGCUGGAGGCGUUCGCACUGCGCCUCAAGGCGGAAAUGGAUCGGGAGCGCGAGGAGCGUAACUAUUUCCAGUUGGAGCGCGAUAAGAUACGCACUUUCUGGGAAAUAACACGCCAGCAACUGGAGGAGUCCAAAUAUGAACUGCAGCAGAAGGAUAAGGAUAUUGAGGCCACACAGGAUCUGGCUGACAUCGAUACGAAGCACAUUAUGCAGCAGAUGAAGCAUCUGCAGUUCGAGAAUCACAGCAAGCUGGGCGAGGUGCGAGCCGAGGCAAUGACCCAGUUGAAGGUGGCGCAGGAGCAUCAUAUGCUGCAGGAACUGGAACUCCAAAGCGAUAAGCGCCAGCUGCGUCGCAUGGUCCGUGAACGAAUUGAGAUGAGCGACAUGCAGCAUCGCCAACUGGAGGCGCACUUCAAUCAGCAACUUCUCGAACAACGUCUUUUGUUCGAGAACGAGAGCAACGAUAUGAAUCGGCUGCACGAGGAGAAGAUGAAGGAGCAGCGUAUGAAACUGGAGCUGUUCUUUAACUCGCAGAUGUUUGAGGUGGAGGAGCGCAAGAAUCAGCAGAUCAAAGACCUGCAGGAUCACCACGAUCUGGCCUUCAACGACAUGAAGAACUAUUACAAUGACAUCACAUUAAACAAUUUGGCCCUAAUUGGCAGCAUGAAGGAACAAAUUGAGCAGCUGCGUCGUCAAUCGGAUCGCAGCGAUCGUCUCGCUGCCGAGGCGACGGCAGAGACGCGUCGUCUAAAGGAGCCGCUGGAGCAGGCCAAGACGCAACUGAAGGAGCUGCAGCGCAAACUGGAGUUCUACGAUCGCGACAAGUUGCAAUUGAGUCGCCUGAAGAAGAGCAACACCUCGCUCGAGAAGAAGGUGAAGAGUCUGAUGUGGGAAUCGGAGACACUGCUAUUACGCAACGAUGCCCUCGUUGGCGAGCGUGCCACACUCAAGACACGCUUCAACGAGGUCAUCGUUGAAUUGCAACAAAAGACGGGACUCAAGAAUGUGCUGCUCGAGCGCAAGAUUGCGGCACUGAUCCGUGAGGAUGAGAAGCGCAGCAUCAUAUUGCGCAACACAAUGGCCACCUGUGCACCCGAAUUGGCCAGCAAACUGGAGAAUGUGGAGAAGAGCGUCAGCGAUGCCGUCGACACAAAGAACCAGGCCAUCAUCGACCUACGCUACGAGCUGGCCAAGGCGUGGAAGGCACAUGACGAUCUCCUCGAGACAUACGAGUGCAAGCUCAAACAGUACGGCAUACCCACAGAUGAGCUCGGCUUCCAGCCAUUCCGCGAGCGCACCCAACAGCAGCUCUUCAUCUGCGGCCCCGCCGGCAUUGUUACCGAAAACAAAUAAAAAAAAAACCAGAAAAUCGGCACUUCAUGUUCAAA